AUGAAAGGUUUACUUUAUUACGGUACAAACGAUAUUCGCUACUCCGAAACGGUUCCUGAACCGGAGAUCAAGAAUCCCAACGAUGUCAAGAUCAAAGUCAGCUAUUGUGGAAUCUGUGGCACGGACUUGAAAGAAUUCACAUAUUCUGGAGGUCCUGUUUUUUUCCCUAAACAAGGCACCAAGGACAAGAUUUCGGGAUACGAACUUCCUCUCUGUCCUGGACAUGAAUUUAGCGGAACGGUGGUCGAGGUUGGCUCUGGUGUCACAAGUGUGAAACCUGGUGACAGAGUCGCAGUUGAAGCUACGUCGCAUUGCUCCGACAGAUCGCGCUACAAGGACACGGUCGCCCAAGACCUUGGGCUCUGUAUGGCCUGCCAGAGCGGAUCUCCGAACUGCUGUGCGUCGCUGAGCUUCUGCGGUUUGGGUGGUGCCAGCGGCGGUUUUGCCGAGUACGUCGUUUACGGUGAGGACCACAUGGUCAAGCUGCCAGACUCGAUUCCCGACGAUAUUGGAGCACUGGUUGAGCCUAUUUCUGUUGCCUGGCAUGCUGUUGAACGCGCUAGAUUCCAGCCUGGUCAGACGGCCCUGGUUCUUGGAGGAGGUCCUAUCGGCCUUGCCACCAUUCUUGCUCUGCAAGGCCAUCAUGCGGGCAAAAUUGUGUGUUCCGAGCCGGCCUUGAUCAGAAGACAGUUUGCAAAGGAACUGGGCGCUGAAGUGUUCGAUCCUUCUACAUGUGACGACGCAAAUGCUGUUCUCAAGGCUAUGGUGCCGGAGAACGAGGGAUUCCAUGCAGCCUUCGACUGCUCUGGUGUUCCUCAGACAUUCACCACCUCAAUUGUCGCCACGGGACCUUCUGGAAUCGCCGUCAAUGUGGCCGUUUGGGGAGACCACCCAAUUGGAUUCAUGCCAAUGUCUCUGACUUACCAGGAGAAAUACGCUACCGGCUCCAUGUGCUACACCGUCAAGGACUUCCAGGAAGUUGUCAAGGCCUUGGAAGAUGGUCUCAUAUCUUUGGACAAAGCGCGCAAGAUGAUUACAGGCAAAGUCCACCUAAAGGACGGAGUCGAGAAGGGCUUUAAACAGCUGAUCGAGCACAAGGAGAACAAUGUCAAGAUCCUGGUGACGCCGAACGAGGUUUCCUAA